GCGACAGUGCAUCCUGCGCCCACCAACAGCUCGCAGCAGCAGGCCUGAUGACAGCAGCUGUAGCAACGACCCCUGACUGUUGGUUACACCUACAGUCAUUAACGUUACAGCAACGUCCACAGCAAAGCGUCUAAUGCCCGAGUUUUUACCAUUCGGCCAACCUUUUCAGCCGCUUGAAUAAGGGCCUGUCAAAUAGGCGGCGCUGACCUUGUGAGGGUGCUGCCAGAUGGAUCAUGGGGGUCAGCUUGAGAGGGAGGGCAGAGUAAUGUCACAAGUUCAGGUGGGCGGGGUGGACCUCUGUGAUAACCUUCCCAACCCUGAAGCUCUCACUGCCCAAACUCGCAAUCUCAACCAGACAAACACGCUCCCAGAGAUUCAAAGUCUCUGUCCUUCACAAAAUAAAGAGGGAGGAGGGAUCAUCCAAAAAGCCCCAGUCAACAACCAUGGGAAGGACCUCGAGAAGGAGCAUGGAAGAGGCAGAGAGGAGGAUGAGGAAGAAGACAUUGAUGAGGUGAUGAAGGAAGAAGAAGAGGAGGAAGAGUCAGAGGAAUCAAGCUGUCUAAUUCGCUGCCAGUCGCCAGACACGCCCAUGACUGAUUCCUCCUAUUCAGAAACCGGCAGCCUGUUGGACAAUCCAUAUGCUUUCAGCCCUGGGACCAGUCCAGAGCCUACAUCUCCUGUCAUUCCAGUGGUCAGUCCAGAAACAGCAUAUCCCACCAGUCAAGUGGAACGGAGCCAGAGUGAUGUCAAAGUGGACUCUCGUGAUACUAAAUCAGUUGCUUCCACCACAGGGUCCAUUACACUGGGACCCACCUUCACCUCAGGGCCUAUAGAUUCUACUGCACUUGCUAUAACCUCAGACACCAGGCCUACCAGCCCACGUGGGCCUACAUGUAUCACAGAAGCUACAGACAGCAUAGCAAAAAAUAUCAACUUCACUACAGAUCAUGUAACCUCCUCCACAGAGCCCGUCUUCAACCAGGGGCCCACAUGCGCCAGAGGCUUUGCCAGCUCAUAUGCAGGACCUAUCACCUCAACUGCAGAGACAUUUACAGUAACUGCUUGCACCACAAGGCUUAACACUUCCGUUGCUUCCACCCCUAUGAGUGCAACAGGACCCCUUACCUUCACCACAGGGCCCAUGGUUACCUGUACAGAAUUCAUUACCACCACAGGACCAGUAAUGUCAAAUUGGGAACACAUUACCUCCACACCAGUGCCCACUUGUAUCUCAGUCUCCAGCUGCGCCACAGGGCAUAUUCCAAGCCCUACCCUGCUGGAGUCUCUGGAGGAGUUGGCACAAAGAGGAGAUGACACUCACCUACCACAGUACCUUCACCAGAUUGCCGAGGCCUUUGUCCUUCACGAAGACUACCAGCGGGCAUUAUGGUGCAUCCAACUAGAGAGACUCUAUCACCAGAGAGUGUUGGACAACCUGAAUGCACUACAAGAACAGUGGGAAAGUCAGUGUAGAGGUUCUUUCUCAGACCUGGCAACCCAACAUCUGGACACUCUUAAAAACAUCUGCGAAACGCACAGUCGACCAGGAGCUAGAGAUGCUGUGUGUGCAUCUCUGGACCUUUUGAGGCCUGCACUGCCUUCAUGUACCUCAGCCCAUCAGGAUGACAAAGAGAUAGAGCAGAGAGCUGGAGACUCCUCCUGUUCUCAAAACAGCCAUUCAGUCAUACCAUCCUUUAAUUUGACUGAUAGGCUCAAUUCCCCUGAGCUCGCCGAAAAGGACAAGGAAGACCCAGACUGGGAAGUAGAGGGGAAGGACUGUUUCUAUGGAGAUCAGCUGACUGACAAGCAAGGCAACGACAAAGAGGGAGGAGAAGCAGGAGUGGAAGGAUACACUAUUUCAGUCAUAGGAAAUGGACUGCACCCCUCUACUGCUGGAGAAAUGGAUCAGCCCAAGCCUGCAGAGCAGCAGGGAGGAGAUUUAGGUCCUGCACAGGAAAAGGAGGCAAAAAGAGGCGAAGAGGAGAGGGACGUGGCGGAGGCAGCUGAGACUUUGGAGAUGCAAGAUGAGGGAGAUGGAGAAGAGGAGGAGAAGGAAAGAGACUCUCCUCUAUGUCAGAAAGCUCUCCUAGUGGAGACUCUGGUCAGUAGGGCACAGGUAGAGGUACAACCGCUGCACCAGGAAGCCCUAGCUGAGGAGAAGCGACAUGAGGAGACCCAGGAGCGUGCUAAAACCUGCCUCCACCAGGAGGCUCACCUUCCUCAGGAGGCUCACAUGAAGCAGCAGGAAGAGGAGGAAGAGGAGGAUGAGGAGGAAGAGGAGGAUGAGUACGAAGUUGAGCAAGUUGACAUCAUUAGAGAAGCUGCCUCGCUGGACGACAUGGCUAAACUCAUCACUGUAGAGGAGAUGUCUCCUGCCUCUGGCCUGGUUUCCAUAUUGAAGAAGCGGCGAGUUUGUGUGGACAACAUGAGUGUGUCUGCCAGCUCAGAGGUCCGACACGACAACAUCCCUGCCAAAAGACGCGUCCACUUCAAAGUCCCUGAAGAUGGCUAUGAGCAUGAUGUUGGCGGUGGAGACUCCUGCCUGCUUCUCUUCCUGCUGUGUCUGGUUACCGUAGUGAUCAGUGUGGGUGGCACCGCCCUUUACUGUGCUCUGGGCGAUGUCCACUCCUCAGUCUGUCAGGACUUCUCCAGAAAUGCAGACUUCUACAUGGGCCAGAUACAGCACGGGAUAGCUCAGAUCCAACACUGGUUUGCCCCCCGGUCAUAGCAGUAAAGAGUUUGUCAACAUUGUGGAGCCACUGGCCUUACUGUUUAUUACUGUGGGCUCCAGCAGCCCCUGCUACUUCCUGGGACAAAGCUUUUUGAAGUAAUGGUACCAGGUUGUUGCUCGAUCCCUGCCAAUGGGGAGCAAGUGGCUAUUAUGCUGUCUAAUUGGCUAAAUGAUUAUAUCAGAUGCAGUUGGUAUUUGUAAGCCUGCUCUACUGCAUUUUUAAUGCUCUUUGAAUACAAUCUUAGGGUUCAUUGAGCCUAAAAGUCAUAGGUCAGAUGUCCCUUUACAACAGUAGUUUGAAAGGGUAAGUAGAGCGAAGAGAGAAAGAGGAUAGAAUGGAGACUGCUUAACAGCAGAGCAAGAACUGACCUACAGUACACCCAUCUCAACCCUGCCCAGAUUAAAGAGUUUAUAACAUUUUAAGCUAAGUUUAGAAAGUGUCAAAAUGAACUAGUCGAGAGCCGCGCACACGUUCACUGUCAACCAGUGAUAGUUUUAAAAGCCCCCGGUAGAUGGAUCAACCAUGACUGGAAACAAACUUUCACUGACUUCUCCAAAACUCGACUCCCUCUUUUAAGAAUAAGAACAAAGUAAUAACAGCUGCAACCCACGGAGAUGUAAAAAAGUAUGUAUAAUGUAUAGUUUGUUAACUAGGGGGCACAUAGAUGCUCUCUACACACACACUGCACAAGUGGGAAGUGGCCCAAUGGGCAUUUUACAAACCACUGCAACCACUAGUGUUGCUUUUUAUUGUUGACUUUUUAAAAUCGCAAAUGAAAUUUUAAAAUGAACAUACCAUUCUUUGUUCUACUACUUGGAAUGAAAUCAUUAUGUCUUAAUCAACCUUUGAAUGAACAUUUGGAGUUUAAUGUUAAACUUUGCUUUGUGUCACCUCUGGGGCAUUUAUGUAUCAUUCACAUUUGACACGAGUGUCCUGUCGCUGCCCUUUUCUGUACAACUUUUUGCAGUGAGCUGACAUGGCUGCCACUGGAGACUAAAAGUCCAAACUAUCCGUUUAUGGGUUUUAACAAGCUAGAUUAAGCUUUGUGUAGCAUAUGCAACAUGUACAGCAACACAGUGCACCUCUGUAUUUAUUGUCAGAAGAAUGUUUAACAUGUUGCACAUAAGACUGGUACGAUUUUUUUUUUUAAAGAUAUUGCAAUAUUUCUACAGGAACUCUUGUGUUGGUCCUGGACUAAAUGCACGCUGUACAUGGUUUGAUCAGAAAAAAAAAAAGAAAAAAUCCAUAUCCACAAACUGUUUCAGGUUCAGUAUGAAAAGUUCAUGCCAGUGAACAACAGUUAUGCACAGAUAAUUUGAAAAGGAAAUACUCAACUCUUAAGCGGGUCUGGCUAGGUAUGGAAUAUUUUUGGAAAAAAACACAACCAGAAAAAUCUGAAUUGUACAAUUAAUGUACAGUAGGAAACAAUAAUUAUUCAGUGUACUCAAUCAGUACAGGCUUUGAUGUUGUCGGGAUCAUUUGAAGCUCUGUCUGCCUGUUGUUGCUGUUCUUAGGGAUUCUGGGCAUCACCCUCAGUGUGUGAUGGUCAAUGUUUACUAUUUUUUGUUUUCCAAAAAGAAUUCUUUGCGAUUCAGAAUGCUUUUUGCCACCACGUAUCCUCCUUAAAGACUCAGUCAUCUAGUUAACAUUUGCCAUGUCCGUUAAACAUGUGUCUAAUGUGUUUACAUCUGCUGAGUCCUGGUUUGAUAGAGAAAGAAGACCUUUCUCUGGGUGGAGAACUGAUUUCCUCAUAAGACUGAGAAAAGACUGUUCUGGAGAAAAGGCUUACACUUCAUUAUCACAACAGUGCUUUAACUCUUAUUUCUUAUCAUUGUAUUUGGGUCAUUUUACUGCUUAAUCUCACUUCUUGCCUUGUCAGGCAUCCAUACUUUUUAUCAACAUAUUGCAGUGUUUGGUGUCCUGGUAAUUAUUCCUUUCAUGUGGUGUAGCAGUGGAAGCCAUGAAAACUGCCCUGUCAGGAUGUAAAGAAAAGAAACCUCCAUCAAAGAGAAGAGAUCAAGUGUCUUACUUACUGUAUGCAUUUAUAACCGUAUUAUCUUCCUCUCAUGGUGUGUCACUCACAAAAAACCCCAAAAUCUGUUUAAGAUAUGAGGUUGUCGUGGGACGUAUAAGGAGUAGUAGAUUGAUUAUUGUUUUUAUUUGCACAUGACAUUGUCGUCUGGCUGGUUCAGAUGACCAUCACUCAGAAAACCACUUAUUUAUCUUCUAGAUGAUUUUAAUUAUUUAUAAUAGGAGGCGUGUCGAGCGUAGGUGGUUAAGAAAAGAAAAAGUUGCAUCUGUUUGCUUUCUUCGCUUAAUUAUUGUCAUUUUACAUCAGGUAGGUUUUUCAUCUCUUAUAUCACCAUUGUUCUUAAGGAGGCUUUGACAGAGAAUAGAUUUUUCUAAUUUUAUAACUGAACUCUUCUGAAUACCAACGUCUGGGUUGUUUAUUUUCAUUCAUUUUCCCUUUUUCAGUUCCUGAAAAGGAUUUGAAACUGGUGAGUGUGCUACUGCUGUCAUCAUCUUCACACACCGAUUGGGAAAAGGUUCAUGUUUCUUACAUCUGUAAGCACUGGAUAUAUAUAUUUCAUUUGUUUUACCCAAUUGGUUUUUAACAGUAUGGCUGAACAAUUUGACAUUAUUAUUUGACUGAUACUGCAAUUGGGAUAUGAUUUACAAUAUUGGAUGAAAUGAUAAUUUUUGCUUCAUUAUUCUCAAUUUCAUAAAAAAAAAUAUAUAUGUUGGUUUUUUUCCGAGAUUCUUUCUUAAGUGCGUAGAAUACGUUUUGUUCUACAAUACUUAAUUCAGAAUGGUAUUAUGAUGUUAAAUAUUCACAUCCUGCGAUUUGGAUAUUGCGAUUUCCAUAAAAAUCUGACGAAUUGUUCUGGCCUAUUUAACAGAAUAUUCAAAAAGUUUUUUUUUUUUUUUUUGUGUACGAAUCAGUACUGUGUACCGCUGUUAGCCUGAAAGAGGUGCUUUAUGUAAUGUUUGAUGAACUCUCUGACUUUGUUCUUACAGAUUGUAAUAAGGAGAUGUUUUUUUUUAUUUUUGUUGUUCCUAUAUGUCUCCUGUUAAAGCCAUUGGAAAAAAGUUGUUUGUGAGCCUCUAUUCUGUCUCCUGCAUUAAUACUGGCAGCUUCUCUUGUUCAUACAGUUGGAAUGUAACGGUAUACAUUUUGAACCUGAACUUCUGUUAGUGUGCAGAGCUUAAAAAUGUACAGGUGAAAGAUGGGUUAAAGGAAGAUGUCUGUAAGUCACUAUGGAUGUGAGUGUCUCAAUCAUAGUAGCAAUGCACUUAGUUAGGAUGGCAUGAUUUAGCAGAAACGACUCAUGCCUUUUUAAACAGUUGGCCAGUUAAUAUGCUGUGAUCACUUUCAAGGUUUUGAUCUUCAGAUAAAAAUCCCCUCUUAUGUACAGCCAGUGUACUCAUCCAGAGCAACGUCUGGAGGACAUUAUGAAUAAUAACCCUAACUAAAACUUUCAAGGGCUAUAGUCACACAUUUUUAUAUUGCCAUUUUUAAAAGCCCUGCAGUACAUUUCCAUGUGCCCCUAUUGUAGUCUUCUCUGACACAGGAUGCAUGUUUAAUUAGCUGGAAAAGAAACCCGCCUCAUUAGUCUCUGAGCUAAAACGUUAACAUGUGACACGUAGCAAUUCAACUUUCAACCAAAUGUUUGUUCAAUCUUCUUUUAAUGACGAUGAUGGUUACCUACUUAAGACUGCUUGCAGUAGUUUAUUGUUGGCCACUUAGGAUUGCUCUUGAUAUUGCAAUAAUUUCCUCUUUGAAAUAUUUCAACUUAAAUAUUUUUGUUCAUAUUGACUAAAGUCAGGUGGUGUGUUGAGAGGCUGUUGUGGGUUUGGGAAUUACUUUGUUGGGAUUUCAAAGACCAGUUUGAGAAGAUUUAAAUGCAACUAAAAUAAAAAUCAACUGCUUCCAUA